AUGGCUGAACGAUACAUCCCCGAACAUCGCCGCACCCAGUUCAAGGCAAAGAACAGUUUCAAACCCGAUGAGCUGCGUCGUCGACGUGAGGAACAGCAAGUAGAGAUUCGACGACAAAAGAGAGAGGAAAAUCUCGCCAAGCGAAGAGGUGUUCAGCGAGGCAAUGGAGAAAUCGGCAUCGGUGGCGAAGCUGAUAGCGAUGAUGAGGCUGGAACAAUUGAGAGCGAAUUAAGCACAGAGUUGCCAGAAAUGGUCAAAGGAGUCUUCUCCGAUCAGAUCGAUGCUCAGAUUCAAGCCACCACUAAGUUCAGGAAACUGUUAUCCAAAGAACGCAAUCCUCCCAUCGAGAAAGUCAUCGAGACUGGUGUUGUCAGUCGAUUCGUCGAGUUCCUGCGCUCCCCUCACACUCUAGUACAAUUUGAGGCAGCCUGGGCUCUUACCAACAUUGCCUCCGGUUCAGCACAGCAGACUCAAGUCGUCAUUGAAGCAGGUGCUGUCCCGAUCUUCGUUGAACUUCUCAGUAGCCAUGAGCCAGACGUCCGUGAACAAGCUGUGUGGGCCUUGGGUAAUAUUGCUGGUGACAGCCCCGCUUGCCGAGACUAUGUCCUCAGCCAGGGGGCGCUUAAGCCUCUCCUAAAUCUAAUUGCUGAUGGCCGGAAGUUGAGCAUGCUACGAAAUGCCACUUGGACACUGAGCAACUUUUGUCGUGGAAAAACUCCCCAGCCCGACUGGAAUACUAUUCAACCUGCCCUCCCUGUUUUGGCGAAGCUUGUCUACAUGUUGGACGAUGAGGUCUUGAUUGACGCCUGCUGGGCCAUCUCCUACCUUUCUGAUGGAGCAAACGACAAGAUACAAGCAGUUAUCGAAGCUGGCAUUCCUCGUCGUCUGGUGGAGUUACUCAUGCAUGCUUCCACAUCCGUCCAAACUCCAGCUCUCCGGUCUGUUGGUAACAUUGUCACUGGAGAUGACGUACAGACUCAAGUCAUCAUUAACUGCGGUGCUUUGACUGCCUUGUUGUCUCUUCUCAGCUCACAGAAAGAUGGGAUCCGCAAGGAAGCAUGCUGGACCAUUUCCAACAUCACUGCAGGCAACUCCACACAAAUCCAAGCCGUCGUUGAUGCUAACAUUAUCCCUCCGUUGAUCCAUCUUUUGUCAAAUGGGGACUUCAAGACCCGUAAAGAAGCCUGUUGGGCCAUCUCAAAUGCUACAUCUGGCGGUCUUCAAAAGCCUGAUCAAAUCAGAUACUUGGUCUCCCAAGGCUGUAUUAAGCCUCUCUGUGAUCUUCUUGCCUGCCCUGAUAAUAAGAUCAUCCAGGUUGCACUAGAUGGUCUGGAGAAUAUUCUGAAGGUCGGAGAAAUGGACAAGGAGGCGGCAGACAACCGCUCCACCGAGGGUCAAGUCAACCGUUAUGCCCUAUUCAUUGAAGAGGCAGGAGGUAUGGAAAAGAUUCAUGAUUGCCAAAACAAUGCAAACGAAGAAAUCUACAUGAAAGCAUACAAUAUCAUCGAGCGAUAUUUCUCAGAUGAAGAGGAUGCCGGUGCAGACAUCGAAGAACUCGCCCCACAGGCCAAUGCUACCGGUUUCACUCUUGGCUCCAACCAACCUCAGGGCCAAUUCAACUUUGCAAACGGCAACGAUACUAUGGACAUGUGA